AUGAGUAGUCUUAUUUCCCCAGAACAGCAACAACAGGCGAGCCACAAUCAAAUUUCCCCUCAUUCGCUGGAAUUGCUUCCCCCACACCACACACAACAACACACACAGGAUAACAAAACACACACUGCUGACUCAGCUAACAACAACAAUAACAAUAUCAACAGCACCAGCACCAGUACCACCAGUAGUAGUAGUGCAAGCUCUAAGAACAAGCGUGACAGUUCCACCAGACCUUAUAAAUGUCCCCACUGCGAGAAAGCUUUCCACAGACUAGAACACCAAACAAGACACAUACGUACCCACACUGGUGAAAAGCCUCAUGUGUGCAAGUUCCCUGGUUGUACAAAGAAGUUUAGCAGAUCCGACGAACUAACUAGACAUUUGCGUAUCCACACCAACCCAAACUCUAGAAAAAACAAAAAGAAUGAAAAGGUUAAAAAUGAGAUUGUUUUCAAGAAUACAACGUCCCCCGCCGGUACAAAUGAGGUUAAACAGCUGCAACUGGUUGACUUCAAUGGUUCAUCCACCUCUACAAGAGGUAGAAAAAAGAAUACUGUUGACAAAAUGGCCGCAGCUUCGCCACCGUCGUCACCAGGAAGUUCAACAACGUCUGCAAAUAACAAUAUGGACAUAGAUUCGGUACCUUCACAUGAGACCAGCGGACAAAUAUUCUCUGAGCAGACGCUUACUCCAACGGCCACACCUAAUUUCAAGAGUGAGCUUGAUGCUCCUGUGUCUGUGUCUGUGUCUGCGUCUGCUGCUGCGUCUGCUGCUACCGCUGCAACCAUCACCCCACAAAGCACAUCAAGCACUUCGGGUUCUCAAGAAUCUCUCACUAUAAACAAGAACCUUUCUAGUAUAGACAUACUAGCACUGGCGGCUACCCAAGAACUAGCUAGUAUAGAACUAUCCAAAUCACUCCCAUCACUUGUUGAUCAUUUUCACAGCAGCAACAACGGCAACAACUCGCAGAAACCUCAGAGUACCGAAUUCAAAUUCUCACCACCAAAACAACUACUGCUGCAGCACUUGAACUCGGAGUUUAGCCAGGAGAAGCCAUCUUUCCACUUCCAUGACACGGGAAACUUGACCUAUUUGUCAAACGUAGCAAGCAGGUUUUCAGGUAUUCCCAGAAUGACACCACUUGAACAGCCACAGCCACAGCCACAGCCACAACUACAAUCGCAAUCUCAAUCUCAACCACACACCAGUCGGAAGCAACACAUCUCUCAAGACUCAGACAUUGACUACUUGAAGCAAAAACUCAAGAAAUCAAGACCAAAUAGCCCCAAGUUUUACCAAUACGGCAGCAAGUUUAACACCAGCCAUGGUAAUCACUACACCAUGCCAAAUUCUCCUGUUCUUGGCUUGUCAACCAGCACAACUCCACUAAUGUCUGCAAGUAAUAGUUUUACAAAUUUAUCACUGUUGGCAAUGACUCCAGCAACAACUAAUACUACCGGUAAAAGUAGCAGUGGCGGCAGUAGUGGUAUCCCGCUUCCACAUCAACUCCAGCCCAGCACGCCUAACUCAAAAACUACAUUCAGCAUUCCUAAAAUGUCGCCUUCUUCAUCCGAGGCAUUACCGAGUCUCAAGAGUUUGAACCUACCUAUAGGCGAAUUAUAA